GUUACUUUACCACCACCACCACCUUCGCUACCACAAAUCCGCGCAAUGAAGGUAGCAGUCGAAGGAUGCUGUCACGGCGAGCUUGAUGAUAUCUACGCGCAUAUCUCCAAGUUAGAAACGCAACAUGCGUAUAAAGUCAAUCUUCUUCUUAUUUGCGGUGAUUUCCAGGCCGUGAGGAACUACCGCGAUUUGCAAUGUAUGGCCGUUCCAAAUAAGUACAAGGCUCUGCAGACAUUCCACAAGUAUUAUACCGGUGAGAAGACAGCUCCCAUUCUUACUGUUAUUAUUGGGGGGAAUCAUGAAGCUUCGAACUACAUGUGGGAACUUUAUCAUGGUGGAUGGGUAGCCCCUAAUAUCUACUUUCUUGGGCACGCCGGAUGUGUUCAAGUGAAUGGCAUACGUAUCGCUGGUGUAUCCGGGAUAUUCAAGGGAUACAACUUCUCAUCAGGAAGCUACGAAAAGAUACCAUAUGACUCCAGUACGAUCAGAAGCAUAUAUCACAUCCGCGAAUUCAAUAUUCGAAGACUGUCUCUUCUCUCAAACCCUGAUGUUGUUCUGUCCCAUGACUGGCCACAAUCCAUAGAUCAGCAUGGAGACGUCCAAAGCCUCAUCAGACGCAAGGCACACUUUCGUUCUGAGAUAGAGCAGGGUGCGUUUGGGGCCCCACCGCUUAUGGGGCUUCUUCGCACACUCAAGCCUUGUUGGUGGUUUGCGGCGCACAUGCACGUACGAUUUGAGGCGACCGUUGUUCAUGAAAGUCUGUCAUCCCCCGGCCCUCCGGCUAAAGCUGAUAAUCCGGAUGAAAUAACCAUCGAUGAUGAGGAUGUUGACAGUCCUUCAAUGGAGCCGCUACGGAACAAUCCAGAUGAAAUAUCUUUGGAUGACGAGGAAGUCGAAGUUGUGACUUCUCCAAUAUCUACUUUUCGAUCUGAAACCAAGUAUCUAGCCUUGGAUAAAUGUAUGCCCAAAAAACAGUUUCUGGAGGUUGUUGAUAUACUUUCGCCGAAAGAUCAAUCGACUGAUCCGCCCGUUCUAUGCUUCGAUCCUGAAUGGAUGGCCAUCACGCGGGCCUUCAAUCCUUGGUUCUCAACCACACGGUAUCAGCGACCAUUCCCUGACGAGGCAGAGGCACGCGAAAUGGUCCGUAAGGAGCUUGAAUGGGUGAAAAAGAAUGUCGGUUCAGAAAAAACAGUUGAGUCAGGCCAGCAGUUUUGUCUAACCGCACCUGGGCCCGGCAGUGAGGGUGACCAGAAGUGUGAGCAGCCGGCUAUGUAUCCCAACCCGCAAACUCGCAGUCUUUGCCAAUUGCUGGGAAUAGAGGAUAAAAUCAAUAAAGGUUUCUGACAUAUAUUUCUUUAUCUGUGUUCCUGUGAACUCUGUCCUUCGCCGCAAUUUCGGAACAUUUCUGUAAAUGUUUCAAAUUGGAUGCCUUUGUUAGCACUGUGAUGACCGUGGACGUAGCAAGUCGGUAGGCUAUGUGCGAGGAAUGCUUUCACACAAGUCAAAGAUAAUAAAAUCAUAGACACUAUCCAUACUAGGAUGAAACAAAACAGCUUGAUAGCUACAGAGCUAUUUAAGCUACCCGAAUUGAUUGAUACUACUACCCAACGAACUUGGGACCAGGAGCGACAUAGGCGGUGGGAUUUUGAUCAUACAU